CGAAACCGAAUGAGGAAGUCACCUUUGGAGGUAGGAACACACACCGGCUGUACCUGGCAGUCGCGCGGAGGAGACGCACCUAGCAGCAGGGUUAUGGAGACAAGUGACUUCCAGCCUCAGAUCAACCACAACGGACUGAAGAGGACUACAGGGCUCCACAGAAAUGGUUUUCACAGCAAGGCAGAGAUGAAUGGCCUCGGGAACGGCGUCGCCUGCAGGCAGCACCGGCAGGAAUCCUUUGAACAGGCUCCCAUGUAUGUGGCCAUCAUGACUUACGUGGGCUAUGGCAUCGUCACCCUGUUUGGCUACUUCAGGGACUUCCUCCGAGCCGUGGGCUUAGAGAAGUGCCACCUCGCCCAGGAGAGGCAGGAACAGAAGGAUUUUAUACCUCUUUAUCAAGACUUUGAGAAUUUUUACACGAGAAACUUGUACAUGAGGGUUCGAGACAACUGGAACCGUCCCAUAUGCAGCUUGCCGGGACCCGUCUUUGACCUGAUGGAAAGAGUGUCUGACGACUACAACUGGACAUUCAGGUUCACCGGGAAGACGUUGCACAAUGUCAUCAACAUGGGCUCCUACAACUACCUGGGCUUCGCUGAGAACAAUGAGGAUUUCCUGAAGACUGUGGCUGACAAAACAGUCCAGUACGGAGCUGGAGUUUGCAGCACACGGCAGGAAAUAGGUAACCUGAGCAUCCACCAGGAGCUCGAGCAACUCGUGGCCAACUUCUUGGGAGUGGAGUCUUCGAUGACUUUCGGGAUGGGUUUCGCCACCAACUCGAUGAACAUUCCAGCUCUUGUUGGCAAGGGUUGUUUGAUACUGAGUGAUGAACUGAAUCACACAUCUCUCAUUUUGGGGGCCAGACUGUCAGGAGCGACCAUCCGGGUGUUCAAGCACAACAACAUGCACAGUCUGGAGAAGAUGCUAAAAGAGGCGGUUUGCUCCGGACAGCCCCGGACCCACAGGCCCUGGAAGAAGAUCCUCAUCAUGGUGGAAGGAAUCUAUAGCAUGGAGGGCUCGGUGGUGCGACUACCUGAAAUCGUCGCUCUGAAGAAGAAGUACAAAGCUUAUCUGUAUCUGGACGAGGCCCACAGUAUCGGAGCGGUGGGGCCGUCUGGGAGGGGCGUGACCGAGCUGUUUAAUAUGAACCCGGCGGACGUGGACGUGAUGAUGGGGACCUUCACAAAGAGCUUUGGGGCUGCUGGAGGCUAUAUCGCCGGGAAAAAGGAGCUGGUGGAUUAUUUGCGCAGUCAUUCUCACAGUGCAGUGUACGCUUCAGCCAUGUCCCCUCCUGUCACUGAGCAGAUCAUACGCGCCAUGAAGUGCAUUCUGGGAAAAGACGGCAGCACAGAGGGCAUUCGACGCGUCCGCCAACUGGCAGAGAACACCAGGUACUUCAGGGCCCGGCUGAAGGAGAUGGGCUUCAUCAUCUACGGCAACGACGACUCGCCUGUGGUCCCCGUCCUGCUCUACAUGCCGGGAAAAGUGGCGGCUUUUGCAAGAGAAAUGCUGCAAAGAAAAAUCGGUGUGGUCGUCGUCGGAUUUCCAGCCACUCCGUUAGCGGAGGCGCGAGCUCGCUUCUGCGUGUCUGCGGCGCACACCAGAGACAUGCUGAACCAGGUGCUGCACCAUAUGAACGAGGUGGGCGACAUGCUCUGCCUCAAAUUCUCACGGCGGAAAUACGCCCCUCAGCCCGACCUCUGUGACGACACAGACUUUGAGCUGGACAGCUGACGGAACCUUUGACGCCUUAACUUCCCGGUGUUAAAGCAAAGCGUUCGUGCCUCGACGGCCCCGUUAACACACACCACGAAGAAUGACACCCUGAUCUCACACCAGAGGAAGGGACAAAUGUGUUACGGCUGGUUUUCAUUCCCCUGGAAGACGUCAUGAUUCAACACACUUUUUAUAUAUCAGGGAAAACACAUGAUUCUUUCAAAUACUACUGAAUGUUUUUUUGUGCAUUUGUAAAAAUUAUUGCACAAGCAUUGAUAGAUUGUAAAAUUAUUUCUGUAAAGUGAGAUGAUUCACAUGUUCUGUCAUGAAGACAAUUCAAAUUUUGAGUUCAAAAGUUUAGUUUGAUGUUUCAAGCUAUUAUUUAUUUCCAUAUCUGGAUAUUAAAGUGGUCAUCAGAAAGUUUUUUGUAGCUUCUUAUAAAGGAAUAUUAGUCAACGCUCAUGCUUUAUUGUGUUGGUAAAGACUAUGCAUAUGUUGACAUAAGGGGAGCUAAAUGCAGCGUAUUAAAAGCAAUAGAACAUUUAUACUGUAGUUUUAAAUCAGCGCAACAGGUUUACUGUAGUUUACAUUAGUAACUUCUUACACCUGAUCAUAAUUAUUAUUUUCUAUGAGAAAGCACACAAUCAGCAUAAAGAUAAACUCUCCAAAAGAGUUUUUUUUUUUUUAAGAUUUCCCGAUUUGGUCGAACAGAUCAAGUAAAGGAAAGCACAGAUUUGUCAUUAAAGAAAUAUUCUCCAUUUAUCUCCCCCCCAAGUAAAUUAUAGGUUUCCUGUAAAUAAUAGAUCAUCCUGCAAUUACUUCUUUGACAUGCAGUUAAAUCUCAGCAACGUGCACGCUGAAUAAAAAAGGUGUCAUGG